GUGUUUUCAGUGUAGGCUGUGAGGACUGUCGCUUACUGAGGGAAAUUCAUCUGUUUAUGACGGUCAGGAGUUCACAAUCAAGGCUUUAUGACUUGUUUACAUGUUUGAAAUAAAUCAGUGCACGGGCUUCGGAAUUACAAGGUCGACGUCACCUUGAUCAGACCCAAUCAGCGUUCAGCAUCGUUCACCUGUCCGCGUAAACAGGUAACAAACCUCGAGACGGCAUUCCUGCGUGCUCGAGCCUUUUCAUAUUUACAAACCUUUUAACCUCGCCUGUAUUCUGGGAGCUUUUCAACUCAAACUAUUGAUUGUAUUACAAUUUUUGUUUAAAUCAGAGUGCUAGCUUUGAACUGACGUAGCCUAUACCGAAGGAUUUAUAGCAGAAGUCUAUAAACUUUUCCGCAACAAACGGAAAUGGACUACUUGGUAAUUUUUUCGUUUGCUCUACACUGAAUGUAAUACUUGGAACUUUUCGGAUUAAAAAGUAAAGAAGAGAGAGAGAGAGAGAGAGAGAAAAGAAACGUCUGUCAAAUUUCUGUCAAACUUGGACAAGCCGAAGUGAAGGGAGCAUCAUCUCUUCCCCGCUUCUUUGGCCAUGAAUAUUUAACUGUCUGCUCAGACUGACGGACUGACCUCACAUUGGGAAUAUUCUGAGGAUGAGGAUGAUGAAGAUGAAUGCUGCUCUGCUGCAGAUGCUCGCGCUGUGUCUCGCGCUCCGUUCACCUGCGCGCGCUCAGACAGAGGAAGGUAAACAUGAAGUGUGUACAGGCACGCAGAACUCGCUGAGUGUGACAGGAAGCUCUGAGGUCCAGUACAAGCUCAUGAAGGAGAUGUACACGGGCUGCAAGAUUGUCAUAGGAAACCUGGAGAUCACACAGAUGGAGCACAACCGCAAUUUGUCAUUCCUACAGAAUAUCCGUGAGGUAACGGGCUACAUCCUCAUCGCCAUAAACCAAUUCAGACGUUUACCGCUGGAACAGCUGCGAGUCAUCCGAGGGACGUCUCUGUAUGAAGAUCGCUUCGCUCUCGCCAUCCUCGUCAACUAUCAGAAAGAUGGAGUGUACGGACUAAAGGAGCUGGGCCUCACACACUUGACAGAGAUCCUGGAGGGUGGAGUGCAAAUCAUCCAGAAUAAAUUCUUGAGCUAUGCACCGCAGAUUAACUGGCUAGACAUUGUGAAAGACAGUGGGGCAGAAAUCAUCAUCGAAGACAACGGACCAGAAUUUCCCUGUCAUGGGUCUUGUGGGGGUCGCUGUUGGGGUCCAGGAAAUGACUCUUGUCAAAUCUUGACUAAGACAGUGUGCGCACCACAGUGCAAUGGCCGCUGUUUCGGCCGUAGCCCGAGCGAGUGUUGUCACAUAGAGUGUGCCGGGGGCUGCACCGGGCCGCUUGACACCAACUGCUUUGCCUGCAGACAUUUUAACAGCUCGGGGUCAUGUGUGCCGCAGUGUCCACAGGCUCUCAUCUAUAAUAAAGUGACGUUCAAAUUGGAACCAAAUCCUAAUGCAAAAUACCAGUACGGCACAAUAUGUGUAACACAUUGUCCUACUAACUUUGUUGUAGACGGAAGUUCGUGUGUUAGCAGCUGUCCGGCAAACAAGAUGGAGGUGGAUAAAAAAGGGGUGAAAAGAUGUGAGCCGUGUGGGGGUCUCUGUCCGAAAGCAUGUGUUGGCACUGGUACACCUUCCAGACAGACCGUAGACUCACAGAAUAUCGACAGCUUCAUAAACUGCACUAAGAUUCAGGGCAGCCUGCAUUUCCUUGUAACAGGAAUUAGAGGAGACAGUUACAAUAAUAUUAGUGCUCUCGAUCCAAAGAAACUGAAGAUCUUCAACACUGUCAGAGAAAUCACAGACAUUCUGAGUAUUCAGUCUUGGCCUGAAGAGCUGGAAGAUCUUUCUGUCUUCUCAAAUCUAGCAACAAUACAGGGAAGAACUCUGUACAGAGGAAUAAGCAGUAAGAGGGGUUACUCGCUUUUGGUGAUGAAGAUUCCUACAUUGAAGUCCCUGGGUCUUCGCUCACUGAAACGGAUCGGUGACGGAGGCAUCUACAUCACUGGAAACAAGCAGCUCUGUUAUCACCACACCGUGAACUGGACACGUCUGUUCGGGAGCAGCCCUCGGCGCCGCCAGAAACCCCUCGACAUCAAAGACAACCACCCACAAGAGCAGUGCAUUGAAGAAGGGCAUGUGUGUGAUCCCCUGUGUUCAUCUGAGGGCUGCUGGGGUCUGGGACCCAAUCAGUGUGUGUCUUGCAAGAACUACAGCAGAGGAGGGACAUGUGUACCACAAUGCAACUUCCUGUCAGGGGGUUACUCGCUUUUGGUGAUGAAGAUUCCUACAUUGAAGUCCCUGGGUCUUCGCUCACUGAAACGGAUCGGUGACGGAGGCAUCUACAUCACUGGAAACAAGCAGCUCUGUUAUCACCACACCGUGAACUGGACACGUCUGUUUGGGAGCAGCCCUCGGCGCCGCCAGAAACCCCUCGACAUCAAAGACAACCACCCACAAGAGCAGUGCAUUAAAGAAGGGCAUGUGUGUGAUCCCCUGUGUUCAUCUGAGGGCUGCUGGGGUCCGGGACCCAAUCAGUGUGUGUCUUGCAAGAACUACAGCAGAGGAGGGACAUGUGUACCACAAUGCAACUUCCUGUCAGGAUGUUUGGGUCCAGGUCAGAAUGACUGUGUGGAUUCGUCCAGGUCAGAUGCUGGGUUGCCUGUGACAGCAAUAGUGCUGAGCGUUAUAUUCGGGGUGCUGCUCGCAUUCUCAGUGUUUGUGCUGAGCGUUCUGUAUCGCAGAAGUGUUGCCAUCCGCAGAAAACGUGCCAUGAGGAGAUAUCUGCAGAGUGGGGAGAGUUUCGAACCACUGGAUCCUGGAGAAAAAGGCGUGAAAGUUCAUGCACGGAUUCUGAGGGGGUCUGAGCUACGGAAGAUCAAACCUCUCGGCUCUGGAGUGUUCGGCACUGUGCACAAGGGGGUUUGGAUACCAGAGGGAGACACGGUAAAGAUUCCAGUGGCUAUCAAGACUAUUCAAGACCGUACAGGACGACAGACCUUUCAGGAAAUUACAGAUCAUAUGUUGGCUAUGGGGAGUCUGGACCACCCGUAUAUAGUCCGGCUCUUAGGCAUCUGUCCCGGGACCAGUCUGCAGCUGGUCACUCAGCUCAGCCCACAGGGGUCUUUGCUGGAGCACAUCCGGCAGCGCAGAGAGAGCCUCAACCCUCAGAGACUGCUCAACUGGUGUGUGCAGAUUGCCAAGGGUAUGUACUAUCUAGAGGAGCAGCGAAUGGUCCACAGGAACCUGGCUGCCCGCAACAUCCUGCUCAAGAGCGACUUUAUGGUUCAAAUAGCUGAUUAUGGCAUCGCUGACCUCCUCUACCCUGAUGACAAGAAAUACUUCUUCAAUGAAAUUAAUACGCCAAUUAAGUGGAUGGCGCUGGAAAGCAUCUUGUUCCGCAGAUACACACACCAGAGUGAUGUAUGGAGCUAUGGUGUGACAGUCUGGGAAAUGAUGUCAUAUGGGGCGGAGCCUUACUCUGCUAUGCGAGCACAAGAAGUACCUGAUCUGUUAGAGAAAGGGGAACGCCUCUCUCAACCUCAGAUCUGCACCAUUGAUGUCUACAUGGUCAUGGUCAAAUGUUGGAUGAUUGAUGAAAAUGUUCGUCCAACUUUUAAAGAGCUAGCCAAUGAGUUCACUCGAAUGGCCAGAGACCCCUCCCGAUAUCUCGUCAUCAAAGAGGAGUACAGAGCUCCUGACGCAGCCUCAGAAGAGUCCCAUCAGAGAGGAACUGAGAUGGACAUUCUAGGGGUGGCGCUGGAGGAGGACCAGGAAGAUGAAGUCUUGGAAGAUACCACAGACAUGCCACGCUACAUAACGCCAUCUAGGAGUUUCUCUAGACUGCGUAUAGAUUCUCAUCGGUCAAGUCUGACUCCGUCCAAUGUUGCUGGAUAUCUACCAAUGACGCCUGGUCUGGAGAGCUCAGCACAGACAGGAUGGGCCUCUCGGUCCCGUCUCGACUCUGGAUGCACAGUUUCUGAGAGCUCGGAGGGACGGGGAACUGCGGUGGAGCUGGAAAUGAACGAGGACUUCUCAGUGGUUGGCAGCAUGAGGAGGGUCACACAUCGUGAGGACAGCGCUUACAUGUCACAGCGGGACAGCCUAUCAGGACCUCCCGAAACAACCUCCACAGGGACUCAAGGAGAAGAGGACCAAAAUGGAUACGUGCUGCCUGGAUUCGGUGAAAGUCCAGAGAAAGAAACUCUUCUACUCACAUCGUCACGUGCAAAACGUUCUCAGAGGAGACUCUCAAGAGGCCACUCCGGCGACUUUUUGGAGGCCCACUGUGUUGCAGGUGAAGAAUACGAGUAUAUGAACAACCAGACCCUCUCUCUCGGGCAUAUACCAGGGCAGCUUAAAGAUUACAAUCAGCCACGCAACCGCAGCGCCUCCUUCAACCCUGCCGGCUUGUACAGCAAUCACAAAUCUCUAGCGUCUAGCAGACCCAGGAAGAGAUCGUUGAUCGAGGGCUCCGAAAGUAGCGGCGGUCUCUCCCAAUCCUCGACUGACCAAAGGAAUCACAGCGACGGUGACUUGCUGUCCAGUGAAGCAGAGUACACAGACAGCGAUCUGGAUCUCCACGAGGUUCAGUACGAGUACAUGGACAUCCGUGGUGGUGCAGGACCACCAGCCAACAUGGUAGUCAAACUUCACCUCCCAAGACCGGUUUCCCAUCCUCCUCUCAGAAGAUCGCCACAAGACGAUGAAGACGAAUACGUGGAGGAAGACUAUCAGUACACUAACCGCCAGCCUCGGCUGAGGAAUUCACUCAGGGUUCAGGGGUUAAUGCAAGGGGAAGGAGAAGUGUAUGAAUAUGAGGAUAUGGACUCAUUGGCUGCAGGUGGAGCAUCUGCAGCUGAAUAUCAGAAUCUGGAGGAAGAAGAUGAGGAGAGUGUUGGGCUGACGGAUGAACCCCGGAGACCGGGGCCGGAAGAGUAUUUAAAAGUUCAUGCAGGGAUGGAACAUAAAGCUUUUGAUAACCCUGACUAUUGGCACAGCAGGUCGUUUCAUAAAGCCAGCGCUGUCCGCACGUAGACAUGGAGAACGGUGUGAAGGAACUUGAUGCAAAUGUCUUCCGUCUUCAGUGACCAAUGUUCAGGAUAUUAUUCAAUAAUGCACUUCUGAAAAACUUGACAAAAUACAGGUAAAUGUAUUUUGUUGUAAAAUGUAUUUUUAAUGU